AUGACCGUCACGACAGUCCCUGCGACGCAUCCCAUUGCAAGACGUGGCCCGGUCUCACAAAUAAGUACAGCAGAGUUACACCAAUCCAGCGAUCUCCAGCACCAACGUCGCGAGGCUCACAUUCCCAAAGGGUCAAAUGACGAUGAACAGCUUUACAUCCUGACACUUCUUACCGACAAGCGACACCAUGGUGAGAUGACUGCGCUGCGACGGCAAUGGUUUCCUCCACGAUUGCUCAAGGUCGACGCUCAUAUUACUCUGUUCCACGCGUUGCCUGGUUCCAAACUGUCAAAAGUUAAGGCAGAUAUUGCGGAUGUCGCAGCUCGAACAGCAAGAUUUCCGAUUGGUGUCGGGGAUCAGGACGUUUACGAAAUGGGAAAAGGUGUUGGCAUCAAGCUCUAUGCUGGUCAGAAGAGGGCAUUGAGCAUACGCAGUGAAUUGAGGGACAAAUGGGAGCCUUUUCUCAGCGAUCAAGAUAGACGAGAGAAAUGGAGAGGUCACUACACCAUUAUGAAUAAACAGGAUGAUAAGGAAGAGGUACAGAAGUGUUUGAACUAUUUGAAGGAGGGACAUGCAGAGAGUAAAGGUACUGUUGAAGGACUGAAUCUGUGGCUAUAUGACAGAGGUUGGUGGAGGGAAGACGAGAUAUUUAAAUUCUCGGAAGAAGCAUAAAGAUAGACUUUAGAUUGUAGAAUGAAAUCGAGUUUUGGCCGAAGUCACAGCUGAAUCGUCAACCUGUCAGCGCCGCGCGAUCGACAAG